GUCACGCCUGAGGGCCGGUUUGUAUACUACUGAUCGGCGAGGAACAUUCAGUACAACACAAAAUGAAACUGAUCGUGCUGCUAGCCUCAUUUGUCGCCCUCACCACGGCGUACAAAUGCUGCCCACCAAAGCAAUUCGAAAGCACCAUGGGACAGUUCGGAGGCACUUGCACCCGGCAAGGCAAGUCUGGAAUAUUCACCGUUUACGGGCCGUUACAUUAUGACUACAGCAAAGAAAUGGUAGCUUUGGAAGAAUACAUUUCCGCCGGGGAGCAACAGUUCAAAGUAAAGGUCAUACAAGACUUUAACAGCAACACGCAAUAUGUAAUAAUGGCGGGAAAAUGUACGAAGUCGGAUCUGCCGGGUAGCAUUGAUGACACGUGCAUACCAGACGCCGCUGAAUACAUCGGUACAAACGUGUACGGAUUGGACGCAUUGACGGCUGACUCGUAUACAUAUAACGCUCAACAAAUGGGGGCCAACGUCAGUGUUGGUGUAGCCGUCACAGCCAAUGAAUGCCUGCCUUUCGGCCUGACCAUUUUUGCUGAUCAACCUCAAGCGGAAACUAUUUCGUUCAUUGGGUUUAUGAAUGUGACAUUGGGAAUCAAGGACCCAUCGGUGUUCGACAUUCCAAAGAUAUGCGAUCACGAUGACAUCAUACCGUUCAAGGCAAUGGGCAAUAUCGUAUCGGAUCGCAUGAAACGGAUGAUGUUAACAUUUGGUGCUCGUUGACCAAUCACAUCAAUAGGAAAAAUAGAAACAACAUACCCAUGUUUUGCUGUUGAGGACACAGUAUAUAUAAAAUGGUCUGUCAGUGGAAUGCAUUAAUUAUCCAAGUUCAUUAGAGAAUUAUAUAUAACUAAGUGUUCGAAACUAUUGGUUCUAUUAAAUUUUAUACCAAAAUAAAGGAACAUUUUAAAUAGGUUUAUGUUUCUGUAUACUUUGUCACACCCAAAUUACAGAGAAAUUUAUUUUAAUAAACUGUAACCUACAAAGA